CACACACAUAUAUAUAUAUUGUAAAAAUUAUUUUUUAUUUAAUAUACCGUUUUUGUAUGAGACAUUUUGACGUUUUAAUAAAUGUUAAUUAGAAAUCUUUAAUAAAGUUUUUAUACAUGAAUUGUUACUAAAUGUUUUUUAAACAUUUAUUAAACGUAAAUAGUUUGCUCAAGUAUUUUAUAUACAAUUAUCCCAAUUAAAUAAAAUUGAGAGUAUAAUGCAGUUAGACGAAAUUAAAAAUAAGCAUAUAAUAAAACUUAAUAAUACAUCAUCUUUAAAAACUAGAAAGGCAUACUUGUGUAAUAUAAAUUCCUAUCCACGAUAGGAGCUCGUUUAUUAAAUUCUAUGUCCUAAUCUCUUAAAAAAUUGGCGUGACUAAAACUGAACGAAUUGGGUGACUAGAACUCAUUCCGUGAUAUUAAAUUCUUCAUCUUUAAUAUCAAUAUGUAAUUGAUGUAAAAUAUACCGCAAUUCAAAACAUAUAUUAUUGCAAUAAAGAUUUUAUUCAGCAAAUUUCUGCUACUACGUAGAACAGUUUGACUCCUUUAAAAUUUACAAUUUUACCGCAGAAUUAUUUUAUGUUUCAAUAAUAUUAUUUUUUGCUGAAAAUUAUUUUAAAUGAAAAAAGGUGCUUUUAUAGAUUGUUAAAUGCUGAAAACAUAUUUUAUCAGUACAUCAGAUUUCAAAAUAAUUGAGAUUUAAUGUGCAAAAAAUGAACAUUUUUUUAACAAAGUUAUCUUGAAGUUAUGAAUGUAUUAUUUGUUCCUUCAUAAAUGCAUUUCUUACUUUUUAGUCAUGUUAUGAAAAAUAUAAAUUAGUGAGUUGUGUUAAGAUAGUAAAUUUUCGAUUAUGACAAUGAAAUCAUACAAUUAUUCUAUUCAAAAUUUUAGGAUAUUAUUAACCUUUGUUGCAAAAAAUUCAAAUGUUGAGUAAAGUUAUUUUUUGCACAUUAAACUACAAUUUAUUAAAAAAUUAAAUGCACUGAUAGAAAUUGAUUUGCGGUAUCGUGAUUUUUAUUUAAAAAUCUAUAAGAAACAGUUGUUUAGUUCAAUAUAAUAAAAUCUUUUUUGCAAACUAAUGUAUGUAUGAUCUAAAAAAUAAAACAUGUAGACGUGGCUAUUGUAAGAAAUUUUUGAAGAAAUUUCUUGAGCACGCGCACGUUUUCCAGCAUCGAUUUCAAUUACAGUUACAAUUAAUUAAUAAAGAUUGCAAAUAGUAAUAAAGAAAUAAAGGCUAAAAAUGAGCAAAUUAAGGCAAAAACAUAAAAAACGAAAAAGUAGAGUCAUAAAACAAUUACAUCGCAGUUUAACAUGUCAAACGUGAUGUAACUGUUUUGUAACUCAACUUUUUUGUUUUAUGUUUUUAAUUUUUAAAUUUAUUUAUUUGUAAUGUUUUAAUUUAUUUUAUAUUUAUGUAAGACUACUGAGGAAAACUAAAUAAGUCAAAACGUACAAGUUAUUAUUAAUUUGCAUUAUAAUAAUAAAUUCCACUAAAUUUUUACAUCUUAAUUUGUUCGAUUUUGGCCUCUAUUUUUUUAUCGCUUUUGAACUAUACGAGCCAUUUCUUUAAAUUUUUACAAUUAGUAAAUAAUGACACACGACAGAAACGAUCGAAGAAUAGUAGAGCCCUCCAGGCGCUUGCCAUGUACGUUCCUGAAGAGCAAGCAACUGGUCGCAAGUAGCGACGGCAGGAAUUUCAGGUCUCGGACCUCUGACGACCACUGACGACAAAGCAGGGACAAGGAAGCUCGAACCAUUAUGCGGAGUGUGCGCGAGGAAUCAAGCGGCUACGAAGAAAGAAGACUCGCGUCUCCGGAGUCCCGCGUCGCAUUUGCCUAGCGGCAGUCAGACGAAUUCGUUGUUGCAAUUCACGGACUCCAGACUCCGAUUUUCACCGAAGCAGACAAAAUGGCGGAAAUAAACAUUUUAGGAUGGAUCGAUUACCUAGUUAUAGCGGUGAUGUUGUGCAUCAGUGCCGGAAUUGGUAUUUAUUACAGGUUCAGUGGAGGACGUCAAAAAACUAUGGAGGAAUACUUUAUCGCAAGCCGGUCAAUGAGCAUCGUACCAGUCGCUAUUGCUUUGGUGGUCUCUUUCAUGUCUGCCGUUACGCUGCUCGGUGUGUCCGCAGAAAAUUACACGUAUGGGACUCAAUUUGUUGUAAUAAACUUAUCCUAUCUGUUAGGCACUCCGAUUGUUUGCUACGGAUUUCUGCCAGUAUUUUACAAAUUGCAGGCGACGAGCGCUUACGAGUACUUAGAAAGGCGUUUCGGUAUAAGAGUUAGGAUGGUGGCUAGUUUUGUUUAUUGGAUUCAACUGCUUUUGUACUCAGGAGUAGUGCUUUACGCACCUUCGCUGGCCUUGGAAGCAACCACAGGAAUGUCCAAGACUGCCAGUAUAAUUAUCAUUGGCCUCGUAUGUGCCUUCUAUUCGAGCAUAGGCGGCAUCAAGGCCGUGCUGAUAACGGACGUAUUUCAAGGAUUGCUCAUGUUUGCCUCCGUGUUCUUAGUUAUUGGCACGGCCGCAAAUAAUGUUGGGGGACUGGGAGAGAUCUGGGAAAUCGCGAGAAAGGGGCAUCGACUAGAAUUUGACAGCAUUGAUCUGGAUCCAACAGUGAGGCAUACCUGGUGGUCUCUUACUCUGGGUGGUCUAUGUACAUUUUUGUCGCUUUUCGGAGUAAAUCAAGUACAAAUACAGCGUACGCUGACUCUGAAAAAUAUGAAGGCUUCGCGAACGGCCAUGUGGCUGUCUUGGCCCAUUCUGACACUUCUCUCGUUUACAACUUGCUUCUCAGGGUUGGCGAUAUAUAGCAAAUAUUACAAUUGCGAUCCUUUUCUUCAGAAAAGAAUUACUUCAUCUGAUAUGCUUAUGCCACUUUACGUUAUGGACACUAUGUCCAACAUGCCUGGUUUACCAGGGCUCUUUGUUGCAGGUAUUUUUAGCGCAGGCCUCAGUACAAUUUCUGCGGCGCUAAAUUCUUUAGCGGCAGUAACGUUAGAGGACUAUUUAAAACCUAUAUAUAGAAAAUGCAUUGGGUAUGAAUUCUCCCCUAAAAAGUCAGCCUCUGUCGCUAAAAUGCUUGCUUUUUCAUUUGGUAUUCUUUCCAUUGCGCUGGCAUUUUUAGCGCAAUUUUUGGGCGGAUUACUUCAGGCUUCCUUAACUAUUUUUGGAGUAGUCGGAGGUCCACUAUUAGGUAUUUUUACGCUUGGUAUGGGAACGGAAUCUGCAACAGAAGAUGGUGCAAUAGUUGGUGCUGUCACGGCGUUCUCGUUUUUAUUCUGGAUCGUCUUCGGUCAACCACGCCCGGUGCCACCUACAUUGCCGACAACUAUUGACGGCUGCAGUAAUAAUGUUAUGAAUAUAACAAUGUCUGUAUUGCAAAAUGUCACAAACUUCUCCAAAAGCACCGGUGACAGUUCGUACUUCUACUUGUAUCGCAUUUCGUACAUGUGGUACUCUCCUCUAGGAUUCUUAAUUACCUUCAUACUUGGACUGUUCGUCAGCAAUUUGUCUCGUUUAUUUCGCAAAAAUCAAAACGAUGAGUUAGAUCCUAAUUUAUACUUUCCUGUGAUAGCUCGCCGUAUACGUAGGCGUAAUGACGCAGAGAACGAUGGAAAUAUUCAAAUGGACAAAAAGUAUGCUUUAAACGACGUAAUCCACGAGAAAGAUACCGAUAAAAUCUGUACGAAACUCUAA